AAUAAUGAGGAGAAGCGGGAGGGGGGUUGUACGACGUGUUAUCUGGUGGUUCCUCUCUGCUUCCUCCACGGUGUCAUGUCUGCUCCACGCCGCUACAGCUUCCCUCCUGUCCGCGUCGACACACAGACACGCCGCUAGGAGGGCCAACCUCGGCUUGUAGCUUUGUCCGGCCCACUGACUGAAGGACUGACGGUAACAGUGAAAGAAGAAGAAGAGGCACCCCCGUCAUGACCUCCUCUUCCUUCUCCUCCUCUCCAUCAGAUCGCUAAAUGGAUUGACGACAGCCACUUGCCAUCAGCUUGUGCGCAUAUUUUUCAAAUGAGGACGCUAGCGAGGAUUUAACUGCUUUGUGUUAUCUCAAGACGCGACAAAAGGUCUGCACAUGGGGGCGGGCAAGAGCAAGCCCAAGGAACCGGGCCAGCGCUCCAUGAGUGUAGACGGCACCAUUGGCACAGGCUCCGACAGUGGCCACUUCCACCACCUGGGCCCCGCCCAACAGACCCAAACCCCAAACAGGAGCCCCGCAGUGGGGACGGGCCGGCGGGGCUACCAGGGGCAGUACCAGCACGCCCCCACAAACACUCCUGAGCUGGCUCUCUUUGGAGGGGUGGACCACACGGGCACCGUCACCUCACCUCAGAGAGGACCUCUGUCAGGAGGUGUUACUACAUUUGUGGCGUUGUAUGACUAUGAGUCACGGACAGCAUCCGAUCUGACCUUUCGGAAAGGCGACAGGCUCCAGAUUGUCAACAACACGAAAAAGUACAGCUUCAGAGAAGGAGACUGGUGGCUCGCUCGCUCCCUGACAACCGGAGAGAGCGGUUAUAUCCCCAGCAACUAUGUGGCGCCGUCAGACUCCAUCCAAGCCGAAGAGUGGUAUUUUGGGAAGAUCACAAGGCGGGACUCGGAAAGGAUCCUUUUGAAUUUACAGAACAGAAGAGGGACCUUCUUGGUGAGGGAGAGCGAGACUACGAAAGGGGCCUACUGCCUAUCAGUGUUGGAUUAUGACAACACCAAAGGCCUGAAUGUGAAACAUUACAAAAUCAGGAAGCUGGACAGUGGCGGUUUCUACAUCACGUCCCGCACGCAGUUCACCAGCUUGCAGCAGCUAGUCUUCCAUUAUCGCAAGCACUCUGACGGGUUGUGCCACGCUCUAACCGACGUGUGCCCUGUGGCCAAGCCUCAGACCCAGGGACUAGCUAGAGACGCCUGGGAGAUCCCUCGAGAGUCCCUCCGUCUUGACCUUAAACUCGGCCAAGGCUGCUUUGGAGAAGUUUGGAUGGGUACGUGGAACGGUACGACACGGGUGGCCAUCAAGACCCUCAAGCCUGGAACCAUGUCGCCAGAGGCCUUUCUGCAGGAAGCGCAGGUCAUGAAAAAGCUCAGGCAUGAGAAGCUGGUGCAGCUCUACGCCGUAGUCUCAGAGGAACCCAUCUACAUUGUGACCGAGUACAUGAGCCAAGGCAGCUUACUGGACUUCCUUAAAGGGGAAGCAGGCAAAAUGCUUCGACUGCCUCAGUUGGUGGACAUGGCCGCUCAGAUUGCAGCGGGGAUGGCGUACGUGGAGAGGAUGAACUACGUGCACAGAGACCUGCGCGCUGCCAACAUCCUGGUGGGAGACAACCUGGUGUGCAAGGUGGCCGACUUUGGACUGGCGAGACUCAUCGAGGACAACGAGUACACUGCCAGACAAGGAGCCAAAUUCCCAAUCAAGUGGACGGCGCCGGAAGCGGCUCUUUAUGGACGUUUCACCAUCAAGUCGGACGUGUGGUCCUUUGGGGUGCUUCUGACAGAGCUUGCCACUAAAGGACGAGUCCCUUAUCCAGGCAUGGUGAACCGUGAGGUGCUGGACCAGGUGGAGCGCGGCUACAGGAUGCCGUGUCCGUCCGAGUGCCCCAGCUCCUUGCACGAGCUCAUGCUCUCCUGCUGGCGGAAGGAUCCGGAAGAGAGGCCGACCUUCGAGUACUUGCAGGGCUUUCUGGAGGACUAUUUUACCUCCACGGAACCCCAGUACCAGCCUGGGGAGAACCUAUAGAACCACACACAUACAAACACAGUCACACCCAAUGUGCACUAUACGAUCUCAGAGAACCUGUGAGGAACUUUACAUGGAAGCUUGGCUCCUCUGUGCCAUCAUGGGCUUGCAGAACCUCCUUUUCUGCAAGCACUCACUGUUUACUGGACACUCAGGCUUCGAGGGACUACACAUGUGGGAGGAGCCAAAGGAGGAGCGACAGACUGGGUCGAAGAGGCAAAAAAAAAAAAAAAAGUCCAAUGAUUUUUUUUUUUAAGUGAAACUGUCACUCAUUUUCUCCAUGAAGAGCACCGUCGCUUUGACACGUGCCAAAGUGACCCUGUCCCCUCCUCGUCCUCCUUUGAGUGUCUCUCCAGUUUUUACAAAGCGCUGCUGCUUCUUCUUCAAUCGACUUAGCUCUGGAACUUCUUUGUGUUUAACGUGGACAUGGACACCUGAGCCACAUUCUUUUCAUAUAAUCAGUCGGGUUGUGUCACGUGAAAAUGAACCUCCACUGACAACAACAGGACACCGUUGUUUUGUAGUAACAGUACACGUUCGCAUACAUUUCAUGUAACCUAAAAGUUAAUAGUAAAAUAUGACGUUUACAGACCUGCCAACCCUCCCAAUUUCCAGUAAGGAGGCGGAAAUUGACCCCUUACGAUUUCAAAAGUCUCAUAUUCCACUAUUUAGAAACCAAUUUCAAAUGAGUCUCAGCGAUCCCACAAUAGUGUAUUAGAAGUGUUAGUCUUGAUGCUGGAUUUUAGACCGUUUAAAAGAGCAUUUAGUAAGCCCUACUGGUAAUACGCCGUUUUGUGUGUCUGUAGCUUCAAUACUAAUGAGCUGUCUUUGACCUCGCCUCUCUCGGACAGAGUGUGCGUCUCCAAGAAGCGCCAUUGUGCAUUGUAUCCACUUUUUACAUACAGUACAUACUGCAACAUUUGUCCAACGUGAUAGAUGCCAUAUAUCACAUACAGUAACGCAACACAAAGUGGGAAAGGAGGACACAAAGGUCAGCAACACUAGCGUAGCCAUGUGAGCGUCAGUGCUGACGUUAAACUCACAUUUUAACAGCAACUUUACACUAACGUAAACUAAUCGUAAAAUGAUCAAACUUACUGCUCCCACGUCUGCGGGUGAUUGACGGAUGGCUGGCUUUAUUUUGAGUUGUGUAGCAAAGCCUUUUUCCACUGUCCUCCGUAAAGUGGUGGCUGUACACAUGGGGCGGAGCAAACAAGUGAGGAGAUGGUGCUCAUAGAGAGGCUGUAGGGACACAUUACUGUUACAUACGACACUGGGUGCAACACAUGAAUGCGGGGUAAAGAAGGGAGCACCGACACAAUUCACAGUAGCAGGGAGAUAACAGGUAAUGAAUCCUUACUUUUAGAAGGGGGAGGAUGUAAAAUCGAUCCGUCUUGUCGGGAGUUGUACUGAUUUCUGCCUCCCGGGAAAUCCGGAGGGUUUCUAAACAAGUGGAGGCUGGCCUGUGGGAUACAUUGUGGUAGUCUACUACUGUUUAAUAGAUUUAUCGUCAGCGACGUGACUGUGGUCCAUGUUUAUGAAAUAUUUACCUACUAAAGAAUCAUUGUUCUCUCAUCACUUGCUUUCUAUUUUACUGUAAACGGACUUUUACAAUACAAUGAAUUCCUCCCUAGCUUCCUUUUUUUUUUUUUUUUUUUUUUUAAAUAAAA